AUGACUACCGAUCAGCGACCUCGACGUCGCGAAGAUUUUCGAAUUGCUGUGCUGUGCGCGCUGCCCCUUGAGUACAAUGCUGCCACUGUGGCCUUUGACGAAUUCUUCGACGAGGAUGGCGACAAGUUCGGAAGAGCUGGCGGGGAUCCCAAAAGGUACACUACUGGCCGGAUUGGCAAAUACAACGUCGUUAUGGCUCUGCUUCCCGGCAUGG